UCAGGCACGUUUAAGGGCACCCGUAUGUGGACUUUGGGGUCCUGGGGACUUUGUUGUCUGAAUGGGAGCUAAGUGAGAUCGUUUGUUGAUGGAAUUUAUUUUACAUCGGCCUUUUUUCAUUUAACCAAAUUUACUUAUGGUAUCCCUUUAAAGCUUUUGCUCAAACCGAUGUGUUGUGAUUCUCUUUGAAGGCGACAGAGGAGCUACCAUCGAAGGGAGAGGUCCUCGUGCCUGGACUUCUAUUUUGGGGUUAGAGACAUGGAGCUGGCAUAUGUUUGUGAGUGGGAGAGGCGCCCAAAGAGCACCCACUGUCCCUCCAUCCCUCUUGUGUGCUCAUGGUCCUGCAGAAAUCUAGUGGCCUUCACCACGGACCUGAAAAAUGAUGACGACAACGACAGAGCAGAUGUCAGUCACAUGAUCCACAUAAUGGACACAGAGCAUCCCUGGGAUGUGUACUCCAUCAAUUCUGGACAUGCUGAGGUCAUUUCCUGUCUAGAGUGGGACCAAUCAGGGUCCAGGUUGCUGUCCGCAGACGGCGACGGCCACAUCAAGUGUUGGUCGAUGUCUGAGCACCUGGUCAACAGUUGGGAAAGUGCUCUGUCCAGUUCUCUCGAAGGAGAUCCCAUUGUGGCGCUGAGUUGGCUACACAACGGAGUCAAACUGGCUCUACACGUGGAGAUGUCAGGUUCCACAAACUUUGGUGAGAAGUUCUCCCGGGUCAAGUUCUCCCCGUCGCUGACUCUUUUUGGUGGGAAGCCAAUGGAAGGCUGGCUGGCGGUGACAGUGAGCGGCUUGGUCACAGUGUCGCUCCUGAAGCCAGGGGGCGCUCUACUGACAGCCAGUGAAAGCCUGUGUCGGCUGCGAGGACGUGUGGCACUCGCAGACAUCGCCUUUACCGGCGGUGGGAACAUUGUGGUGGCUGCAACCGAUGGCAGCAGCUCAUCUCCGGUCCAGUUCUACAAGGUGGUGGUAAGUGUAGUGAGCGAAAAGUGCCGUAUCGACACAGAACUCUUACCCUCCUUAUUCCUGCGCUGCACCACUGACCCGCUGAGGAGGGACAAGUACCCGGCCGUCACGCAUCUCAAGUUCCUGACCAGAGAGAACUCAGAGCAGGUUCUGCUAUGUGCAUCAAAUCAGAAUGGAAGUAUUGUCGAAUGUUGGUCUUUAAGGAAGGAAGGGCUACCGGUGAACAAUAUCUUUCAGCAUCGAUCACCUGUCGUCGGUGAAAAGCAGCCCACUAUUUUGAAGUGGCGUAUCCUUACGACUACCAACGACCUGGAGCGAGUGUCUGCCAUAGCUCUUCCCAAACUGCCAAUUUCCAUCUCCAACACUGACCUGAAGGUGGCAUCAGACACCAAGUUUUGCCCUGGACUUGGUCUGGCUCUGGCCUUCCAUGAUGGCACCAUCCAAAUCCUCCACCGCCUGUCCCUUCACACCAUGGGCGUUUUCUACGGCUCUGCAUCCACCUCUGGACCAGGCCAACGCUCUGGGGACGAUUUGGCCAUCAAGCGACAAAGAACUGGAGCUCCCGGUCUACAUUUCAAGGCCCUGCAGUUCUCUUGGACGUCCCUGGCCCUGGCUGGUGUGGACAAUCAGGGCAAGUUACACAUGCUGAGAGUGUCACCCUCUAUGGGUCAAGUGCUGGAGAUGAACACGACGUUGCGCCACCUGCUGUUCCUACUGGAGUACUGCAUGGUGACAGGCUACGAUUGGUGGGACGUCCUUCUGCAUGUGCAGCCUACUAUGGUCCACAACCUGGUGGACAAACUCCAUGAGGAGUACAUGAGGCAGAACCAUGCCCUGCAGCAGGUUUUGGCCACACGGAUUGUGGCGGUCAAGGCGUCUCUGUGUAAAUUGUCAACGGCCACUGCAGCACGAGCCUGCGACUUCCACGCCAAACUGUUACUGAUCGCCAUCAGCUCCACUCUAAAAUCUUUACUGAGACCUCACGUCCUUAAUACCCCCGAUAAAAGUCCAGGUGACCGCCUGACUGAGAUAUGUGCCAAGAACAUGGACACAGAUAUUGACAAGGUGAUGAUCAACCUGAAGACGGAGGAGUUUGUGUUAGAUGGUCCACCGCUGCAGUCUCUGCAGCAGCUCAUCCAGUGGGUGGGUGAAUUUGUCCUAUACCUGCUGGCCAAUCUACCAAACCAGGGGUCUAUGGUGCGUCCCGGUUUUGGCUUCAUGCGAGACGGAGCGUCUUUGGGAAUGUUACGGGAGAUGCUGGUGAUGAUCCGGAUAUGGGGUCUGCUGAAACCUGGCUGCCUUCCCACCUUCACGGCCACAUCUGACAGCCAGGACAGCUUACAGCUGCUCUUCCGCUUGCUCACCAAGCUGUGGCUGUGCUCCCGGGAUGAUACCCUUCCUCAGGACCCGGAUGAGAGUCUGAUAGAUGAAUGCUGCUUGCUGCCCAGCCAGCUGUUGGUUCCCAGUAUGGACUGGCUGCCCGUUAAUGACGGCAUCAUAGUUAAGCUGCAGGGCAAACAGCCAAUCAGGUUGCAGUUUGGAAAAACCUCGUCACUUGCAUCACUUGAUGCAAGCAGGAGCAACAACUGUCAGAGGACAGACAACCUGCGAUGUGUCCACAUGGGUGUGUGUCCCACAGAGGACAGUAAGGCCUGCACCAGGUGCGGCUGCGUUACGAUGCUUCGCUCACCCAACAAAAGCAACGCCAUGAAGCAGUGGGAGCAGCGCUGGAUCAAAAACUGUUUGUGUGGCGGUUUGUGGAGGCGCAUCCCUCCCAUGCACACUUGAUCGCAUUUCCAGUGACAGAGCACAAUUCCUAAUGAAUAUCAGGACAAGCAUGUUCAGUGUGGACUUUUCUCAGUCUGGUCUGUCAAUAACAACAACAUACGCAUCUCAUUGAUACUUUUACUUCUUGAUGUGUUUUAUUGUCAGUUUGUAAAAAAUACGUUAUUAAAAAAUGAACCAAACAAAAAAGAAGCAACAGUCACUUGGUG